AAAGGUUAAAGCUACAUUCAAACCAUUGAUUUGAUUUUACUGUAAAGACAUCACACUUGUCCGAGCAGCACGUGAAGGCAGCACGUCUCAACCCAGGAAGUCUUGAAACUUUUCAGCCUACUCGCAAAAACUUGUUCUCCGCAUCACUCAGUCACACGGUGCACAGUCUGCUCUGUACUACUGCCUGCUGUUUGUCUGUGUGGGAGGCUGAAGAUGGUCAGAAAGCGGUCCAGUUAAUAUCGACAGAGGAAGGUGGAUAUUUGCGACAGUGAAGACACAGAACAGUUAGCUCCAAAGUCUCUCUCUUGACUGUGACGGAGACAGCAGUGGCGGACAUCCCGCUUUAGAGCAUCGACAUGUGGGAACAGGAGGACUUCGCCAAACACUGGAGGAGUGAAUUUCCCGACGGAAAAGUCCCCAAAAUGGACUUGAACUCUGUCGAAGACAUCGAGUCUGAGCUGGAGACGAGUAAAGCCAACCUGAAGAGGCUGCAGAAGGCUCUGGCGGAGGAGAAAUUCAAGGUGAUCUACCUGCAGACCACCAUGGCUCGACAGAAGAAGAACCACGACGGCAAAGAUGAGAACUUUAACGCGGAGACGUUUGGCUACUCCAAGAACAUUAGGAAACCACCGCAGCAUGAUGAGGGCGACGGGCAGAGGACCAAGCAGCUCCACGCUGCAGGCAACACCGCGGGUUUCAUGAGCUCCUUCGGCCGGGACCGGAGCAGGUUCAUCGGGAGGACAGGUAAGCCCGUUCCCAUCCCCGUCCCGCCACCCAAACCCAGCUUCCUGAGAGCGGACCUGGCUCCAGCUUCUCACCCGAAUGACAACGAGGUGUGCGGCAGCGAUAGAGAGUACGAGGACGUGGAGCUCAAUGAGAAUUUCGUCAGGAAUAACUUGUUGGCACCGAAGUCCGCCAACCAGAGGACGUCCAGCAGCCUGCGGCCCUUCCGCCACAGCAGGGACUUUGACUCCGGAGACGACGGAGGAGGAGGAGGAGGCGGCGGCAGGCUGUCCCCAUCCCCGUCCCCGUCUCCGUCCUUCCCGCAGAUCAACCGCAGAGCCUCGCGGGGCUCCGGGUGCAGCACCCCGGACAGGAGGAGUGAUGGGUACCUGAGCUCCGACCAUGACGACUCCUCUUCUGCAGACUUUAACUACAACACAGAUGGCUACGAGGGGGACGGAGCGGAGGACGGCAAGUCUCAGGACGGCUCGGAGACGCUGCCCUAUAUAGAUGAGUCGCCCACCAUGUCGCCCCAGCUGUGCGCGCCCCAAGGGCCCGACGGAGAAGCGGUCUCUCCUACACCAGAGGGCCUGCUGGCAGGGGGAGACAUAGAGAAAGGACUGAUGAUGAAGAAACUGGUGCUGUCUGGUUUCUUGGCCAGCGAGGAGAUCUACAUCAACCAGCUGGAGGCCCUGCUACUGCCCAUGCGUCCUCUGAAAGCCACCGCCACAACCUCGCAGCCCGUCCUGACCAUCCAGCAAGUGGAGACCAUCUUCUACAAAAUCCAGGACAUUUUUGAGAUCCACAAGGAGUUCUACGACGCCCUCUUACCCAACAUCCAGCAGUGGGACGAGAAGGUCACCGUGGGACAUUUGUUCCAGAAGCUGGCCAGCCAGCUGGGAGUGUACAAGGCCUUUGUGGACAACUACAAGGUGGCGCUAGAGACGGCAGUGAAAUGCAGCCAGGCCAACGGCCAGUUCCAGAAGAUAUCUGAGAACCUCAAAGUAAAAGGUCCUAAAGACUCCAAAGAUUGUACCACAUUGGUCUCAAUGGAAGCUCUUCUUUACAAGCCGAUUGACCGCGUCACCAGAAGCACCCUGGUCCUUCAUGACCUGCUGAAACACACUCCUAAGGACCACCCAGACUUCCCCCUCCUGCAGGACGCUCUGAGGAUAUCUCAGAACUUCCUCUCCUCCAUCAACGAGGAGAUUGACCCUCGCAGGACUGCUGUCACCACGCCCAAGGGAGAGGCUCGUCAGCUGGUGAAGGAUGGCUUCCUGGUGGAGGUGUCGGAAAGCUCCAGGAAGCUUCGGCACGUCUUCCUCUUCACCGAUCUGCUGCUGUGUGCCAAGAUGAAGAAGACGGCUGUGGGUCGCCAUCAGCAGUACGAGUGCAAGUGGUACAUCCCCCUGGCGGACUUGACCUUCCAGACCCUGGACGACUCCGACUCUUGCCCCAGUAUCCAGGUCCUCCCGGAGCACGAGAUCGAGGAGAUGAAGAUCAAGAUCUCAGUCUUAAAGAGCGAGAUACAGAAAGAGAAGAAAGCACCAAAGGGUCAGAGUCGCGUGGAGCGCCUGAGGAAGAAGAUGAACGAGCAGGAGUCGUGGCUGCUCCUGCACUCCCCCACCAUCCCCUUCCGCAUCCACAACAAACAUGGAAAGAGCUACCAGUUCCUCAUCUCCUCCGAUUACGAGAGGGCAGAGUGGAAGGAAAUCAUCCAUAAACUCCAGAAGAAAGAUCUCCAGGCGUGUGUAUUAAGUUCUGUGGAGCUCCAGGUCCUGACCAGCUCCUGUUUCAAACUCCGAACCGUCCACAACAUUCCUGUCACGAGUAACAAAGACGAUGAGGAGACUCCUGGCCUGUACGGCUUCCUGCAUGUGAUCGUCCACUCUGCCAAAGGAUUCAAGGAGUCAGCCAAUCUAUACUGCACCCUUGAAGUGGACUCGUAUGGAUACUUUGUCAGCAAGGCCAAGACCCGCGUCUUCAGAGACACCUCGGAGCCACAGUGGAACGAAGAGUUUGAGAUCGAGUUGGAGGGCUCCCAGUACCUGCGGAUCCUGUGCUACGAGACGUGUUACGACAAAAGCAAGCUCAACAAGGACGACAACGAGAUUGUGGACAAGAUCAUGGGCAAAGGGUCAGUCCAGCUGGAUCCUCAGACGGUGCAGUCCAAGAACUGGCACAUGGACGUCAUAGAGAUGAACGGGAUCAAAGUGGAAUUCUCCAUGAAGUUUACGAGUCGGGACCUCAGCUUGAAGAGAACGCCGUCCAAAAAACAGAGCGGGGUGUUUGGAGUCAAAAUCAACGUGGUGACGAAGCGCGAGCGCUCCAAGGUGCCUUACAUCGUCCGUCAGUGCAUUGAGGAAGUGGAGAAGAGGGGGAUCGACGAAGUGGGAAUCUACAGGAUCUCAGGGGUGGCCACCGAUAUCCAGGCCCUCAAAACAGUAUUCGACACCAAUACCAAAGAUAUCCUGGUGAUGCUGAGUGACAUGGAUAUCAACGCCAUCGCAGGAACACUGAAGCUUUACUUCAGGGAGCUGCCGGAGCCUCUGCUCACCGACCGACUCUACCCCGCCUUCAUGGAGGGCAUAGCGCUCUCAGACCCGGCAGCCAAGGAGAACUGCAUGAUGCACCUCUUGCGCUCGCUGCCUGACCCCAACCUCAUGACCUUCCUCACUCUGCUGGAGCACCUCAAACGGGUUGCUGAGAAGGAGCCCAUCAACAAGAUGUCCCUCCAUAACCUGGCCACCGUGUUCGGCCCCACUCUGCUCAGGCCCUCAGAGGCAGAGAUUACCAAGACACAGCACAUCACCUCUGCCUCUGACAUAUGGUCACAUGACGUGAUGGCGCAGGUAGCCUCACAUACAACUUUGGUCCAGGUGCUGCUGUAUUACCUGCAGCAUCCUCCCAUCUCCUUCGCUGAACUGAAGCGCAACACGCUCUACUAUUCCACUGACGUUUAAUCCCCGCCCACCUCCCUUCAGGGCGCCAUCUGGAGAGGAGAGCGUGAGAGACUCCAUACCAAUCUUGGUCCUCGCCACUCGGUCCUCCUGCCUCACCUCUCCUCCCAGCAGGCAGCUCAUCUCGACUGUACAGUCCCCCCCUCUUCCCCCAACACACCCACACACACACACACACAUACACAUCCCUCCUGUCUGCACCACCCCCACCCCCAGUCCUGAAAAGAGAUGGAGCCGAGCACGUUAGGGAGGUGGUGAGGGAGAUUUCCUGGUCGUCUAGUGAGUCACAUGUCACGUCCUGUUUGUAAUGUGAGGAGAGCAGAGCCGCCUCCCACCGACAAGGCAUUCUGGGACCGCAGUGGGAGAGAUGGAGGGGGCACGGAGGCCACGGCCUGGCGCGGUGGCACAGGAUCACACACCCGUGUGUCGUGGUGUCAUCUAGUGGUGAUCUCAGAGACCAGCCUGAUCAGAGGCAUUCCAGAGAAACGGCAUUUUACAUGUUUAAUAAUUCUGUUUUUCCUUUUUCUGUCUUUCUGGCUUUGUGCAUGUGGUGGAGGAGGCCGGGGGUGUGUGAGCGAACGGUGUGGAUGAGCGAGCGACUGAGUGAGUGAGUGUUUAAGGGACUAUGAGAACUUGUGAGGUUUAGAAGUGGCUGGGAAGCCAUUUAAUAAAUGGCUGGCGACGCGUCUCUCUGUGCUGACAAACAAGAGAGAAACCGCCCUCCCCAGUGAGUCUCCGCCAAAUUAGCCCUAUUUAUUUUAAAUAUAUAUAAUAUGUGUGCCUGUACAGUUCUGUGCAACUAGAGAAAUGCUCUAAGGAGUCUGUUUUUUGAAGUUUAUUCAGGUAGUGAUGUUAUUUUUAGUCUUGAUUUUUCUCAUUCACCAUGUCCAUGGUUGGUAAGCUGUACUGAAAAAAAAAAAAGAUCAGCCAGUUAAUUUCAGAUCACGUAGUAGAGGAGAAAGGGCACUCUGUGACAUGAGGGUUGUUGGGGGGGGGGGGGGGGGGGGGGGGGGGAACACAACGAAUGGAACAUUUAGCUUUUUCUUUCUUGUUGUUUCAUUGCAAGCCUGUUCCAAGUGUCUUACUGCACCGGUAUAAUCUAUAGAGUUGGUUUGUGUAGUUGCCCUCAUUGCAUGUUCAGCUUGUCAAUGGAACCAGGCCAGGUAACACAAAGGUAGUUUGUCUCUGCAAGGCCCCUCUCUAAGACCGGCAACAAACGCCCAUCUCUGCUCUGUACAAAGCCGACCUUUCUGCUAUCCAGCCUGCGACAUAUCUUAAAAAUACUGUAAGCACUGCUAGAUGAGUACUAUUUGAUAUUUUUAAUAUAAGAUUAAAAUGAAAUAAAAAAUGUUGUAUUUUACUUCCUUUGAGAAGAAUUUCAAUAUACUGUAAUAUUGAGGCUAAAUGUCAAUGUGAACUUUCCCCCCCUUUUUUUUAAGUAAAAUAAAAGUUACCAAAACACUCUCA